AUGGUGAAAAAAAGAAGAAUUUUAAAGGAGUUAGAAGAACUCAGAGCUGAUUAUACAAAGGCAUGUGAAUUACAUGGAGAACUGUAUGAGUAUACAGAAGAGGCAAAAGUUGCAGGUUUAGAUAAAUGGGAGUCGGAUCUAACCAAUGAUAUCUAUGGAAUAGAAGAAUUAGCAGAGGAUUAUCUAGCAUCACUUGACAUCACAGAACAUGAAACAGAGACUGUGUCGAAGGGAAAGGGUAAAUCUGUCAAGGUUCAAAGUGGUCCUUCAACAUCAUUUCAAGCUGCUGAAGAUGAUGACAGUGCAUCUUAUAAAGAUAAUGCAUCUCAGGAUGACAAUACAUCUCUUGCUGGAUCAAGUGAAGGAUUUGAUGGGUGGAUAACUUCACUGAAGGAGUAUCAGGAGACUAAACACUGUCUAAGCAACACCCCGAACAUGAGUUUAGCGGAGGCAUUGAUCAAGAUUGAAGCCAGUAGGGACAUACCUAAUAUCACUCUUCCUAAAUAUUCAGGGGAUCCUUUGGAAUAUGUGAAUUUCAUGGAAAGAUUCAAAAUUCAUAUCCAUGAUAAAGCCCAUUUAACAGAUGCCAUGAGACUGGUACAAUUAAAGAUGCAUCUGACUGGUGAGGCUGAGAGGGCCAUUGCAGGACUUGGAUCUAGUGGUACCAUGUACGCUACUGCCUUAAAAAUGUUAAAGGAACAGUUCGGCCAGGAAAGUUAUAUUGCAAGAGCAUAUGUGAACAAGCUGACUAAGGGGAACAGAAUACAGGGACGAGAGGCGCUGCGAGAUUUCUCCUUAGAUCUGAUUAAUUGCAUAGCAACUUUAACACGGAUGGGUUCCUUUGCAGAUAUAAACGCAAAUGAUAAUUUGCGGCAGAUAGUAAUGCGUAUGCCAGGGUACCUUAUUGAUAGAUGGAAAGUGAAGGCAUCUGAUAUCAGAGAAAGAGGUGAACGGCCGUCAAUUCGCCAUAUCAGUGAUUUUAUCAGAAAACGGGUAAAAGCAGAGUUCGACCCAGACUUUGGGGAUUUGGAAAGAAGAAGUGAUUCCAGAAGGAUAAAGGGGUUAUAUUCUCAUCAGCAGAUGAAGAGGGGGCCCAUAUGUUAUCUUUGUUCUGAAGAACAUAGAAUCUCAGAUUGCCCAACAUUCACAGAUUGUACUGUUCCAGAGAGGACUCAGAAGGUUCGAGACCUACGUCUGUGUUUUGGCUGUCUUGUCAGAGGCCAUAUUACGAGAGACUGUAAGACCAAGAAGGCCUGUGGUAUCAACGGAUGUUCACGUACACACAACAAGAUGUUGCAUUUUGACCCACAGGUGGCCAGUUCUAUCAUUGAUACAAAUAGUAUUCUACCAGUGGUCAGGGUGAUGUUUAAAUCCUUAAAUGGUAGGACCAGGGAAGGUAAUGUCCUCAUAGAUGGAGGUGCAGGAACCACAAUCAUUCGCAAAGAAUUUGCAAAAUCACUUGGUCUCCAGGGUAACAAGGAGAGACUUGAUCUAUCACUUGUAGGAUGUGAGAAACUUGAGAACAUUAACAGUCGCAGAUUGAAAUUUUGGAUUUCUUCACUUGAAAGCAGUGAGGCAUUUGAAGUAGAAGCUUAUGAGAUUGAUAAGACUGUUUUGAAUGUUAAGCCUUUGGAUAGAAACUGGUUGAGAUCAUUCUCACAUCUUAACAACAUCGAAUUGUCGCACAAGGCGGGACCUAUUGAUCUCAUCUUGGGAGUUCAGUAUUCUCACUUGCAUGCUGAAGAAGAGGUUCGUCAAGGUCUUCCAUUUGAUCCGAUCGGAAAGAAGAGCAAGCUCGGAUGGUAUGUGAUGGGUCCAGACAAAACUCAACGUUCAGUGAUAUGCUCAGUGAACUUUGUGGAGAAACUUAAUCUUGACAAAUUCUACCAGUUUGAAACAUUGGGGGUACAAGCUCCAAAUUGUAAAUGUUCUGUUGAAGUACUCUCAAUUGAGGAUCGAGUAGCACUCAAACUGAUGAAAGAAUCGUGUCGCAAGGUUCAGGACAGAUACGAGAUUGGUCUUCCUUGGAAGAAGAACCCUGCCUUACUUCCAAACAACUAUAAUGUAGCCUAUAGAAGACUUGUGUCUCUUGAGAAGAAUCUCCUGAAGAAUGACCAAAAGGCUAAAAUGUAUUGUGAUGCUGUGAAUGAGUAUGAGCAGAAAGAAUGGGCAGAAAAGAUUGAUGAACCCAAUGUGAAAACUAGUGGUUUCCCAGUUUAUUAUCUUCCACACCAUGGAGUUUAUAGACCGGACAAGCCCAGUACCCCAUUGAGAGUUGUGUUUGAUCCGGCAUGUGUGUGUGAUAGUGUAUCCCUCAACUCAUAUCUGUAUAAGGGUCCAGGUCUCAUUGGGAACUUGCUGAGUGUUCUUCUGAGGUUUCGAGAGGACAGAGUUGCUAUAGUUGGAGACAUCUCCAAGAUGUAUCUUCAGAUCAGGUUGAGAGAGAGUGACACUCAUUUACACAGAUUCCUAUGGAGAGACUUAGAGGUGGAUAGAGAGCCGUCAGUGUACAGAUUGCUCAGAGUGGCUUUCGGUGAUAAGUCCUCUCCAGACAUGGCAAGUUAUGUAAUGCUUCGAAUUGCUGAAGAGAAUGAGGACAGAUAUCCUGAGGCAUCAGCAAUUUUGAGAGACGACAGGUAUAUGGACGAUCUGAUUCAUUCGUGUGAAACCCCAGGAAAGGCUACGAAGAAAAUCAAUGAGGUUAAUGCUGUGUUAGCCACUGGACAGUUUCAGAUCAAAAAGUGGUUUUGUUCUUCGCAGUUGGUUCGUGAACAGAGUAGAGAAAAUCAACCACAAGCGUCUUCGUCUGUCAGUCUUGAUGGUGAAGAAAUCAAGACCUUGGGUAUUCGAUGGAAUCCGGAUACUGAUAAUCUGAGUUUUGCAGUCAAGAAUCUGGUUGCAGAGAAAUACACUAAGAGACAAGUUUUAUCCAGAAUGUCAAUGUUGUACGACCCACUUGGACUAGCUUUAGCAAUCACUAUCAAAGCCAGAGUAGCUAUGCAGGAUAUCUGGCGUCAGAAAUCGUUGGAUUGGGAUGAUGAGUUACCCAAAGAAAUGUAUGUUCAGUGGUCGAAUCUGUUUCUGGAACUGCAAAGGUUGAGAGAUGUUCAGUUUCCACGCUGUUUGAAACCUCCUGAUUCCGUGAACACAACAACUCUACACGUCUUUGCAGACGCAAGCAUGAAAGCCUAUGGAGCUGCAGCAUAUCUCACAUGUGCAACAGAAAAUGAGACUUCAACACAGUUGAUUAUGGCAAAGGCUAGAGUUGCGCCAUUGCAUCAGACAACAAUACCGAGAUUGGAGCUUAUGGCGGCAUUGAUUGCUUCAAGGUUGGCCACAACAAUCAAAAGAGAAAUCAGACAGAAGCUGUCAGAUGUGAUAUUGUGGACAGACUCACAAAUUGUGCUUCAUUGGAUCAGAGCAGAAUCAAUAACAUUCAAAGCCUUUGUUGGUGUCCGCAUAGCCGAGAUACAAUCUCAGUGGAAUCAGACACACUGGAGAUAUGUGCCAACAUAUUGGAAUCCUGCAGAUGAUCUUAGCAGAGGAAUUUCUGUGGAGGAAUUGAAUGGUAGCUGGAUGAAUGGGCCAGAAUUCUUGAAGUUACCAGCUAAUGAGUGGCCAACCCAGCCAUGUGAUGCAGCAACUACUGAAUCCAGUGAGGAGAAAAGGAAGUGUCCAGCUAUUGCUGCUUGUGCACCAAUCAACCCUGUCAUAGAAGCAGAUAAGUUUUCAUCAUGGCAACGACUUCUGCGAGUUACAGCAUACUGCCUAAGGUUUGUCAGGAAACUCAAGGACAAGAUACAUAAGGUUUCACAACUAGGGGAUAAUGCUAUAACAGUGAGUUGUGAAGAGAUGAAAGCAGCUGAAUUGUAUUGGAUCAAGUGUGUCCAACGUGGAAUGAAUGAUUGGAAGAGUGACUUCUGUGAUCUAGCUCCCUUUGAGGAAAAGGGUAUUCUUCGAGUAGGAGGAAGUUACGUCAGCCUGGUCAUACCACUCUGA